UUUACACACCACACCAUGUCCCUCUCAUUAUGGGAGUCAUUCAUGUGUGGAGGCCUUGCAGGAUGCGCCGCCGUCACAGUGUCCAACACGCCCGAGGUCAUGAAGACUCGUCUUCAACUCCAAGGCGAGCUGCAAAAAGCCGAUUCCAAUGUCCCUAAAGUAUACAAAAACGUCCUCGACGUCUUUCAAAAGACCUGGCGUAAUGAGGGGAUCAAGGGGCUACAACGGGGUCUUUUCCCAGCUUAUGGCUAUCAAAUCCUCCUCAACGGCUCGAGACUAGGCUUUUACGACCCUAUUCGACGCACACUCAACCGUGUCGUCGGCAUAGACCCCACCGUCGUCAAUAUGGGCACAGCGCUGACUGCUGGAGCGUUGACAGGGUGCAUAGGAGCCGCUCUCGGAUCCCCCUUAUUCCUCGUCAAGGCUCGACUCCAGGCCUACUCUCCUGCCCUCCCUGUCGGUGCCCAGCACUACUACCGUAACUCUCGGCACGCCUUAUCCAGCAUCUACCGUGAAGGAGGACUCAAGGGCUUAUGGCGAGGCGUAAACACUGCCAUCUUACGAACGGCCUGCGGUUCGGCGGUCCAACUUCCCUCGUAUAAUUUUGGCAAAACCCUCUUGGUCCAGAACGGAUGGAAGGACAACUCGUACGGCACGUACUUUGUCGCCUCGGCUGUCUCUGGCCUUUGUGUUCUCCUUGCCAUGCAGCCGGCCGACACAGUGCUGACCCGAAUGUAUAAUCAAAACACCGUCAAGGAUCCAGUCACUGGCGCAAUCCGUGGCGCUCUCUACUCGAAUCCGAUAGACUGUUUGUGGAAGACGCUGAAGACUGAGGGAAUAAGGGGGUGGUACAAGGGCACCACUGCACAUUUUGCACGGAUAUGGCCGCACACCGUCGUCACUCUGGUAGCCAAUGAGGUGAUAAUGUCGCAGUACAAGGGUCUCAGGGCAAAGUAUAUGUAGACGACUUUCGGGGGCGAGGAGCGGUUGCAUUAUCAUCGUGACCAUUAGGACUGCGCAUCUUCUGGGGACAUCUCUUGUCGAGACACUACGUCCACUGUUGUCUAACAAAGCCCUAUGCAUAUUCCGGCUUGUCUCAUCGC